AUGUCUGAGGUCAUCUAUGCUGUGCCUGAUAUGACCAAGAAGGUCAAGUUUAACAGAGGUGAGAUGGAGGAGAGGAUUGUGGAUAUCUAUGUCAGUGCAGACACCCUGAGAGACAGUGAGACCAGCACCAAGAGAGAAGAGACAGCAGACACUGCUCCUAAUAAUGGACCAGGAGACCAGCACUCAGUACAUUUUCAGUGGUGGAAGAGACCCUCUGGAGUUUCUGCAGUGUGUCUGGGGCUGCUGUGUGUCCUCCUACUGGCUGGGAUCAUAGGCCUGUCUGUCCAAUACAGCAACGUCUCAAAGAACUCAUCUGCAGAGAGAGACCAGCUACAGAACAGUUACAACAACCUGACUAAAGAGAGAGACCAGCUACAGACCAGUAACAACAACCUGACUACAGAGAGAGACCAGUUACAGACCAGUUACAACAACCUGACUAAAGAGAGAGACCAGCUACAGACAAUUUACAUCACCAUGACUAAAGAGAGAGACCAGCUACAGACCAGUAACAACAACCUGACUAAAGAAAGAGACCAACUACAGACUGAGAGAGAUUUUCUUAGCGGGAGUAUCCAGGAACAAACCUGUCCUGAAGGCUGGCAGAAAUUUGAAUCCAGUUGGUACUUCCUCUCUGAGACGACUGAGAAAACCUGGGAGAAGAGCAGACAGGACUGUCUGGAGAGAGGAGCAGACCUGGUGAUCAUAAACAGCAGAGAGGAACAGGAGUUUCUCUUCAACCUCAAGAAGAGAGUCUGGAUUGGUCUGACUGACUCUGUUAAGGAGGGGACCUGGAAAUGGGUGGACGGCACCCCACUGACCACAGGGUGAGAGAUGAUAACUAAUCUGUCAAUAAAACAAUCAACCUUU